ACGUUGGACCUGCAAAAGGGUCGCCUCCUGUACGUCAAGGACUUGGGUCCGCAGAUCGGCUGGAAAACGGUGUUCCUCUGGGAGUACUUCGGACCGCUGGUGGCGUACAUGAUAUCCUACUCGAGGCCGGUAUGGCUGUACGGGGCGAAGGCCGGGGCGCCCAUGAACUAUGCCGUACACAUCGCCGCCAUUUGCUGGACAAUACACUACGCGAAGCGACUGCUGGAGACCCUCUUCGUGCACCGGUUCUCGCACUCGACGAUGCCGUUCACCAAUCUGUUCAAGAACUGCAGCUAUUACUGGGGGUUCGCCUUCUACAUCGGCUACUAUGUCAACCAUCCCUUGUAUACCGAGCCCUACUUCGGUCGCCUUCAGGUCUACUCAUCGCUGAUAGCGUUUCUACUCUUCGAGGCGGGCAACCUGUCCAUCCAUUUGGCGCUCCGGGAUCUCCGGCCAGAGGGUAGUACUGAGAGGAAGAUACCGGUGCCCACCGGCAACCCCUUUACGUUUCUGUUCCGAUACGUGUCGUGUCCUAACUAUGCGUACGAGUGGUACUCGUGGGCGGCCUUCACGGUGAUGACUCAGUGCUUGCCGGCCGGUAUGUUCACGGCUGCGGGUUUCGCGCAAAUGGCGAUCUGGGCGUUGGCUAAGCACAGGAACUACAAGAAGGAGUUCCCGAAUUACCCCCGAGGUCGCAAAGCGAUUGUCCCGUUCCUGCUGUAA